AUGGCACGCUCUGAUGGCAUGGUACCGAGCCAAGAGCCGACAGCAGGGGAAGCCCUUAGGUCACGUCCCCUACCACAGGUGCUGGCAGAAGAUAAAUCUGUCGCCAAGCAGCUGCUUCCCUCUCAGACUAGAGACAACCUGCAGCAGCGCUUGAACCGGGAGCAGCGGGCCAUGCAACAGAAAUCAACGGACAUGGAAGCCUUUGCCGUGCGACCUCUUUCUGUGAUGGAUAAUAUUCCCGUGCCAUAUCAUCAGACUGCAAUCGAGCUUUCGCCGAAGUCCACCGCGACAACCUGCAACGAGGACAACAAACUCGGAACCCGCGGCCAAACCGAUUCAACGACGGACAUCCCGGUGCGCCGAGCCAGUGGCAUAUUGCAAUCCACAGAGAACUUGAGCGAAGGGUCCGCGGACACCAGACAGGCGCAUCGGUACCUCUCCGUCUUGCAGUACCUGCCGUAUCGCGCUUCCUUGCGGGCGAAGAAAUACGCAUCGUAUGUGCAGGAGCUAUCCUGCAACGGCUAUAUCCAGGUUCAUGAAUCUGUGUACCAAACACUACGGGCCCGUGGUUUAUCACCCGUCUUCCCAAAUCUUCGCGCGCUGAACUGGUGGGGUUCGGAGGAGGAACUGUCCGUCCUCAUCCCAAAAGGCUCUCGAAUACUCUCCCUUUAUGUCUCUCUUGACCCCUAUAACCCCAGACAUAUUGCUGUCCGAAAGCUGCAAUCGCUUCUCGACGGACUCCCGGCAUACGCCCCUGACGUAAAGCAACUCCUGUUGACGAAGAUACCCGUCGACCUCUCGUUGCAUGCUAUCUCUGAGUUUAAAUCUCUGAAUAUCGUGCGGCUGUCUUCCAAGACACGGUCUCGUAAAUCACGUCAGGUUCGUCCGUACGCGUACAGUUGGGUAACAUGGGACAUCCUCCGUGCCAUGGCCCCCUUCCACAGGUUUCGGAAGUUGGAUAUUGAAGUUUCGAACUUGUUCCUUCCUUCGGACAGCGCCUUCCUCGAAUUCUCGGAACUGGAAGAGCUCAAAUUGAAUGGCCAUAUGGCGAAUGUCAUGGCCGAUUCUCCCGCGUAUCCUGGCAGACAAACUGGUGUCACUGGAAAUGUCUAG